UUUCUGGUAGAACAAGUUAUCAUACAGGAUGACUACCAUGAGCAACAAGGGGACUUCCCUGAAAGGUUUGUUGCUGGUGGUCCUUCUGGUGUCCAACAUACUCCUGACAAAAGAAGGAGUGACCUCCUUGCCAAUCUGCCCCAGUGGAUCUGUCAGUUGCCAAGUUUCCCUUGGGGAACUUUUUGACCGAGCAGUUAAACUUUCACACUACAUCCACUUCCUCUCUUCGGAAAUAUUCACUGAAUUUGAUGAACGCUAUGCUCAGGGCCGGGGUUUUAUUACAAAAGCUGUUAAUGGCUGCCACACUUCCUCCUUAACCACUCCUGAAGAUAAGGAACAAGCUCAGCAGAUUCAUCAUGAAGACCUACUGAAUAUAGUAGUGGCAAUGCUGCGCUCCUGGAAUGAUCCCCUGAUCCACCUGGCCUCUGAAGUACAAAGUAUCAAAGAAGCUCCAGAAACCAUCCUCUGGAAGGCUGUAGAGAUUGAAGAACAAAACAAGAGGCUUCUAGAAGGACUGGAGAAAAUAGUUGGGCGGGUUCAUACUGGUGAGAUUGGAAAUGAAAUUUACUCUCAGUGGGAAGGUCUUCCAUCCCUGCAACUUGCUGAUGAGGACUCCAGACUCUUUGCCUUUUACAAUCUGCUGCAUUGUCUCCGCCGGGAUUCCCACAAAAUUGACAACUAUCUCAAGGUUCUCAAGUGCCGCCUAAUCCACGAUAGCAAUUGUUAGGACCUCAUGGACCUAAUCACUUACUGAAAUAAUGUGUCACGGUCUUCUUGUUGCUUUGCUACUUUCCAUUGCAAACUUUAUGAGAAGUCAGAUUGUUCAGUAUUAGGAUCAUCAGUAACUUUCAGGCAUGUUUGUGUGAAUUCUGGCUGCAACUAUUAGCACAAUUUAUCUAGAUGUUAUAAAAUGUUAUAAAUCACUUGUAUGACAAGAACACACUUUUCUGUCUAAUGUCCUCACAUAUUAGCAUUUCAAUGAUAACCAGAUCAUGCAGAUACAAAUAAAAAUGUUAUUAAAUCCAAAAGCGUGUAAUGCUGAGUGGAAUCAGUGAAUGAAAAACAGCUGGUAUGGUUUAUACCUUUAGCAGUAGCUUCUCUUUUUGGAUCUCAGUCUCCCAGUUACUGACAUCAUAAUAUCUUAGUUCCAUUGCUCUUCACCCUCCCUCCUAAAAAGAAGGGGAAGAAAAGGAGAGUCAGGACGAUGGAGCCAGGCUUUUUUCAGUGAUGUCCAGCGAUAGGACAAGGGGCAAUGGGUGCAAACUGAAACAUAGGAGGUUCCAUGUGAGUAUCAGAAAAAACUUCUUUACUGUGAGAGUGACAAAGCCCUG